GUCAUCACAAUCGACAACGACGCCGACUACGACCUUGCAGUAACGAUUCCGACACCGGACCUGGCAGCAACAACAACCACCAGAAGAUGGCAUUCUACUCUCUCCCUUUCUCUUAGAGCAUGGCUCUGUAUACGAUUCCCAAGCAAUGCCUCGUUCACGUAGUACUAGCAGAUGGCGACCUCGGAAAUUUGGGUACCAAUACCACUUCCAACGCGUCACCAAGACUGUUGAAAAUUUCAGGUAUACCGAAACCAAAAUGGGCACAUUAUCCUGCUCCACAACUCCUCUAUGAGACGCUGUCUCUCGCUAGGCUUCUCUUGUUCUCAAACCACUACCGGUCUCGACUGUGUCUCUGCUUUCCUCAGCGUCCACGGAACUUCCGGGAUAUACCAACUGCAUCCCAGGACACCAUCAGACAAGACCUAUGAGUGACUUCAUUCCGGCUUCUACAGCCCAAGCUGCCGCAGCUGGUGGAUUACGCAACAGCACCAUCGCCCCUGAAAGUCAAGUCCGCAUCGCUCGACGACACCAAGCAGCGGUCGAAGGAUUGAUAGACUCCGUUUGGAAAGAGUCCAGCAUCCAACUCUCACCAACUGAACUUGCCAAGACCAAAGCGCUGGUAGACCAAGACGCAGAGCGAUGCACAUCUCGACCGAUACUUACCAGAACUCAGUCUAGGAAGGGAAGGAAAUGGAGAAGAGAUGAAACGCAUGGGCCCGACAAAGUGUUCACCUGAAGCAAGGAUCUUUCCUGUACCUUAGCCUUUGAACACUUGCUACAUCGCUAUUCGCUAUCCCAAGUUUUUCCACCACAAUUCCUGCUGUAUCAAUUCGAUUUUAUAUCGCUCGUCUAAUAGGCAGUCGUUUGCACAGCCUC